UUUUUUUUUAAAUACGUAAGCCAAUUGGACGGUCCGGAUUGAACCACCUUCAUCCAAUGGCCAAGAACGUUUUUUCGGUAGGUACCGAAGUGGUACCGUAGAAAUUUCCUGAACCCAGAAAUUGCAUCUAGGCAAAUACAAACCAGUGUGCUGCAGCUUAGUGGUGUCAUUCUGUAUUCUGGUUACAGAUAUGGCGGACGCACUCCUCUCGGCUUCGCUUCAACUUCUAUUCGACAGAUUUGCUUCUCCGGAGUUCAUAAACUUCCUUGGGCGACAGAAUCCCAGCGAUGAACUCCUCAGCGAGUUGAAGAGGAAAUUGCUGGUUGUCCACAAAGUGCUCGAUGAUGCGGAGGUGAAGCAAUUUUCAAACCCAAAUGUCAAAAAUUGGUUGGUCCAUGUCAAGGAUGCUGUGUAUGAUGCGGAAGACCUAUUGGACGAGAUCGCUACCGACGCUUUGCGGUGCAAGAUGGAAGCUGCUGACUCCCAAAUCGGCGGGACUCAUAAGGCGUGGAAAUGGAACAAGUUCUCUGCUUGGGUUAAGGCUCCAUUUGCUACUCAAAGCAUGGAGUCCAGGGUGAAUGGGAUGAUUGAGAAACUUGUGUCUAUUGCUCAAGAAAAAGUUGGGCUCGGGCUGAAAGAAGGUGGGGGCGAGAAACUGUCACCAAGAUCAUCAAUAUCCACUUCGUUGGAGGAUGAGUCCCUUGUUUUCGGCAGGGAUGAAAUUCAGAAGGAGAUGGCUGACUGGUUGCUUUCUGAUAAUGCAACAGGCGACAACAUGGAAGUGAUGUCCAUAGUGGGCAUGGGCGGCAGCGGCAAGACCACUCUUGCUCGGCUUCUCUAUAACGAUGACCGAGUGAAAGAACACUUCCACUUGAAAGCAUGGGUCUGUGUUUCCACUGAGUUUCUUCUUAUCAAGGUCACCAAAUCAUUUCUGGAGGAAAUCGGUUCUAAAACUGAUUCUGACAAUCUAAAUAAGCUUCAGCUUGAACUCAAAGACCAACUUAGUAACAAGAGAUUUCUGCUUGUUCUUGACGACGUCUGGGAUUUGAAACCUCGUGAUUGGGAAGGUUGGGAUAUGGAGCCUAGUGAUGGUGAAGGUUGGGAUAGGCUACGAACUCCACUCCUUGCUGCAGCACAGGGAAGCAAGAUUGUUGUGACCAGUCGUAAUGAAUCUGUUGCAACAACUAUGCGUGCAGUCCAGACUCGUCAUCUGGGACAAUUAAGCCCUCAACAUUGUUGGAGGCUAUUUGAAAAGCUUGCAUUUGAGGACAGAGACUCCAACGCAUUCCUUGAGCUUGAACCCAUAGGCAGACAGAUUGUGGACAAGUGCCAAGGAUUGCCUUUAGCUGUAAAAGCACUCGGCCGUCUAUUGCACUCUAAGGUCGAAAAAAGGGAAUGGGAGAAUGUCUUGAACAGUGAAAUAUGGCAUCUGCGGAGUGGUCCUGAAAUUCUUCCAUCUUUGAGAUUGAGCUAUCAUCAUCUUUCUCUACCUCUAAAGCAUUGUUUUGCAUAUUGUUCAAUUUUUCCCCGGAACCAUGAAUUCGACAAAGAGAAGCUGAUUUUAUUAUGGAUGGCAGAAGGUCUUCUGCAUCCACAACUAAGCGACAGAAGGAGAAUGGAAGAGUUAGGUGAGUCGUAUUUUGAUGAGCUUCUUGCAAAGUCAUUCUUUCAAAAAUCUAUUAGAAAAAAAGGAUCAUGCUUUGUAAUGCAUGAUCUAAUACAUGAAUUGGCUCAACACGUGUCUGGAGAUUUUUGUGCUCGAGUGGAAGAUGAUGAUAAGGUACCAAAAGUAUCUGAGAAGACUCGUCACUUUUUGUACUUCAAAACUGAUUAUGACCAAAUGGUUGCAUUUAAAAAGUUUGAGGCUAUUACUAAAGCUCAAUCUCUUCACACAUUCUUAGAUGUGAAGCCAUCACAAUACGAGCCUUCUUAUAUUUUGAGUAAAAGAGUUUUGCAAGAUAUAUUACCAAAAAUGAGGUGUCUACGCGUGUUGUCGUUGCGAGAAUAUAAAAUAAUCGAUUUGCCUAAAUCGAUAGGCAAUUUGAAACAUUUACGUUACUUGGAUUUAUCUUUCACAAUGAUUCAAAAAUUACCUGAAUCAGUAUGCUGUUUGUGCAAUUUACAAACAAUGAUACUAAGAAGGUGUUCAUGUCUUAAUGAAUUGCCUUCAAGGAUGGGGAAAUUGAUUAAUUUGCGUCAUCUUGAUAUUUUUGGAUGUGAUUCAUUGAAAGAAAUGUCCAAUCAUGGUAUUGGUCGAUUAAAAAGUUUACAGAGGUUGACUUAUUUUAUUGUGGGCCAAAAGAGUGGAUUAAGAAUUGGAGAAUUAAGGGAGCUUUCAGAGAUUCGGGGAGCACUUUAUAUUUCAGACAUGAAGAACGUUGUGAGUGUUAAUGAUGCAUUACAGGCUAAUAUGAAGGAUAAGAGUUAUCUUGAUGAGUUAAUCUUGGAUUGGGAUGACAGGUGUACUGAUGGUGUUAUACAAAGUGGUUCAACAAUACAUGAUAUACUCAACAAGUUACUACCUCAUCCAAAUUUAAAACAGCUCUCGAUCAGAAACUAUCCUGGUAAGAUUUCCAAAUUGGCUUGGAGAUCCUUUAGCCUUGAAUCUUGUGUCCCUUGAGCUUCGGGGUUGUGGCAAUUGCUCAACAUUGCCACCACUUGGGCAGCUAACCCAUCUUAAAUAUCUACAAAUUUCAAGAAUGAAUGGAGUAGAGUGUGUGGGUAGUGAGUUUCAUGGGAAUGCUUCCUUUCAAUCCCUAGAAACACUAUCAUUUGAGGAUAUGCUGAAUUGGGAGAAAUGGUUAUGUUGUGAAGAAUUCCCUCAUCUCCGGAAGCUUUCUAUGCGAUGUUGUCCCAAACUCACUGGGAAAUUGCCAGAACAGCUUCUUUCAUUGGAGGAACUUCAAAUUUAUAAUUGUCCGCAGCUACUUAUGACUUCGCUCACAGUUCUUGCCAUCCGUGAAUUGAAGAUGGUGAAUUUUGGUAAAUUGCAGUUGCAAAUGGCAGCUUGUGACUUCAUAGCUCUUCAAACUUCAGAAAUUGAAAUUUUAGACGUGUCUCAGUGGAAGCAACUUCCAGUGGCACCACACCAGCUCUCAAUCAGAAAAUGUGAUUAUGUGGAGUCUCUACUAGAGGAGGAAAUCUUGCAAAGCAACAUUUAUGAUCUGAAAAUCUAUGAUUGUAGUUUUUCUAGAUCCCUGCACAAAGUUGGUUUACCCACUACAUUGAGAUCACUAUCAAUCUCUCAAUGUUCCAAACUAGAGUUUCUCCUACCUGAGUUGUUCAGAUGUCAUCUCCCAGCCCUUCAAAGGCUGAGGAUCUUUGGUGGUGUUAUCGAUGAUUCUCUCUCGUUAUCCUUCUCAUUAGACUCUUCCCUGAGUUGACUCAUUUCGCAAUCAAUGGUCUUAAGGGGCUUAGGAAGCUGUUCAUCUCGAUUUCAGAGGGGGAUCCCACAUCUUUAUGUGUCUUGGGAAUCCAUAUCCAGGAGUGCCCUAAUCUUGAAUCUAUCGAAUUGCCUGGUCUCAAAUUGGAGUAUUGUUGGAUCUCUAGUUGCUCCAAGCUUAGGUCUUUGGCAGCAAUGAACUCAUCUAUACAGGAGUUGUGUUUAUGGGAUUGUCCAGAAUUGUUGUUUCAGAGAGAGGGUUUGCCUUCCAAACUAAGUGAACUUGUGAUUGGGAAAUGCAACCAACUCACGCCCCAGAUGGAGUGGGGUUUGCAAAGGCUGACCUCUCUUACACGUUUAAGAAUGGAAGGUAGUUGUGAAGACUUUGAAUUAUUUCCCAAGGAGUGUCUGUUGCCCUAUCUCUAACUUGUCUUGAAAUUGUAGAGCUUCCCAAUCUCAAGUCUCUUGACAAUUGGGGGCUUCAACAACUCACCUCUCUUCUAGAAUUAGGGAUCAUAAACUGCCCAGAGCUCCAGUUCUCAACAGGAUCUGUUCUUCAACACCUUAUCUCUCUCAAAGAAUUACGAAUUGAUGGAUGCCCAAGGCUCCAAUCCUUGACAGAAGUGGGUCUUCAACAACUCACCUCUCUUGAAAGAUUGUAUAUCCACAACUGCCAUGAGCUCCAGUACUUGACAGAAGUGGGUCUCCAACACCUCACCUCUCUUGAAACAUUGUAUAUCAACAAUUGCCCUAAGCUCCAACACUUGACAAAACAGAGACUACAAGAUUCCUGGGGUCUUCAACACCUCAUCUCUCUCAAAUAUUUGGGAGUGGAGAACUGCCCAAUGCUCCAAUCCUUAAAAAAAGAGGGUCUUCAACACCUCACCUCUCUUAAAGCAUUGGAUAUCAGAAACUGUCGUAAGCUCAAAUACUUGACAAAAGAGAAGCUUCCAGACUCCCUCUCUUAUCUGAUUGUUAGGGAGUGUCUUUCACUGGAAAAACGGUGUCAAUUUGAGAAAGGGGAAGAAUGGUGUUAUAUAGCACACAUUCCAGAAAUAGUGAUCAACCAUGUGCUAUUUUAAUGGAAGUGGCACUCCACCAAUGUACAAUCAGGUGACUUUUCCAAGGAAGUGGAAUCUGAAGGAAGGAUAGAUUGUUCUGAUUUUGGGAGGGUUUUGCCUGUGGAGGAAGGGAGAGAUUCCUGGGUGCUGAACAGUUGAUGCACAUUGCUCUGUUCAAGAUGAAUAAGAAACCCAGAGGCACAAGGAUCAGUCUCAGCCAUGUCAAAAGCAAAAGGAAAAGCUGAAGCUGAAGAUAUCAUGUAUAAAAACAGAGGAAUUUCCAUUGAAGAAAACAUCAGAAAGUACACUACACCUGCAUAUAGAGCUGCUGAGAUGUGGGGAUUUGUCCAGGAGGGAACCUAUAAAUGAGAAGGUAGACGUUUGGCACAGAGAAAAGAUUGAAGCAACAGACUGGGAACUCCAGUAAAGAAAAUCCGAUUCCUCUGGCCCAGACUCUAAUCCAUGACAGGCUUUCUCUGAGAUAGUUUUUACAGCCACCCCUGCUGCCAGCUCUAACAUUUCCAGACCCCCCAUUGGAGGCAAUAAUGCCCAGCUGUUUGGUGACAAAGAAGAUUGAGGGCAAGCUGGCUACUCAACCUGCUGGAUGGGCUGGUUUCUAACUUAUUUGGUGAGGUUAUAUCAUCCUUGGAACUUCUGGUCAUAAGAGAUGAGAAUAGGUUAAAAAACAAAACAGAAAGGCAUAUAUGGCUUUCUGGGCUUGGUUAUGCUAUUGCAUAUUGAGUGUUUGCCUUAUGCGAUAGAAUACAACAUCUGCAUAUGUUCCCCGGUUUCCAUGGACUACUUACAAAUGUAUACUGUUCUGAAUGCCUCGGUUUUCAGGUCAGAAAAAUAAUAAUUUCUUUUAAUAUUGUCCUGUCUGUGACCUUAUCCUCCUGGUUCUAUAUUGCCAUGUAUUUUUGUUUAAUCCAUGAAAAUCUUAUAUCAUUUUCCAUUUGUGUUUGUUGCAUGCAUGCAUUCCUAAUCAUUUUCUGUCAAGAGCCUCAUUUUUGUUUUUAAUGGAUCAACCAAUUUUGUGGCAUUGUAAUUAGAAAUUUUUUCUACUACAAUCAAGCCUUAGAAAUUGAUAGAUGAUUAGCUAGAUAAUGGAUCCAGUAACUUUCCAAUGAUCUACUCUUCAAAUCUGCUUGUGGGGUCUCUUCGGUGAUUUAGAAGGGCUUCUAUAUAUAACCUUUUAGUGUUUCAUUGAUGCUUCUAAUCUUAUUGCAGAAUAAAAGAAAACUCAACCCUCUUAUCUGUACUCUUCAAAGCUGGACUCUCAAAUUUUUCAUUUGUAAAUAUCCAAAGAGCUAUGAUUUUGAAGUCAUUAAAGUUGCCAAUCCCUGCCAACCUCAAUUGGAGCUUAAGGAGUGUGUUAGACUGUUACCAUUGAUUGCCUAAGUCCAAAGUGAAGGAAUUGGAGGAGGGGGAGAUUCCUGGGUGCUGAACUAUUGAUGUUCAUUGCUCUGUUCAAGAAGAGCAAGAAACUGUGAGUAGAAGGCUAGUCAAAAGCAAAGGAAAAGCUGAAGCUGAAGACAUCAUGCACAAAAACAGGAGAGUUUCCAUUGAAACUAGUCCAAAUUAUGAUUGACCCUGGCGUUGAGCUGAUGCUUCAUAAUGUGUUAUCAGAAGCUUUCCCAGCCAAAGUUUGCAACUUUGGCUGUAAAAGUAUCAUCCAGGAGUUAUGUUCUGAGGGUUUUAUGUUGCAAUGGAUGAUCUGUUUACUGCAUUCUUCAUUCAGGCACAAGUCCUCGGGCGCCUCCGAAAAGGAAGCUUGAGAAAGAGCCAUUGUGCAUGAACUCAUACACCAGAAGUCGGUGUUCACCCUCAUGGCAGUAAAACCCAGCAAGCGUCCUGGAUUCUUAUGCAACAGAAUUUCCAGAACCUGAUGGUAAUAUCCCUCUAUAGACAGUGCCAAAGGCUUCUACCACCUCUUGUACUCAGGAUUCUGUGAUAAAGCUGCAGAUUUUUGAGGUUCAAGCAUUAGAAAACUAGAGAAAUUGCAACGACAGAAACAAAGAAGAACAGAGAGGGGCCUAAGAGGACUGAGAGGAUUAGAAUUGCUUUAUUUUGCUUGCCUCUGCCUGAAGUUAGUUCACUGGACAUCAAUAUCAUGAUUAGAGCACUUCUGGCAACAGUAGUUUUAUCCAACCUCCCAUUUGAAAGAGGUAGUCUUUUCCUCCAACAGCUUCCAGUUCCAUUUGCAAACCUCAGGUCCUCAAAAAUAGCAACUGCACAGUGGGCUCCAACACCCAAUCCCUGGGUUGGCAAGAUGGUAUUAGUUGGGUGCUUGAAGCUCUCCAUAUACUGGUAUUCAAUUUCCAUCUCCAAGCAUGGCACCAUGCACUGCUUCGCUGCUCAUAUUACCAGUCUUUGUCUUCCAUAUGUCUUAGCCUCCAUGGAGAACAAGCUGUCCAUUGGUGGUAAGCUCAACUUUUGAUCCUCUUGGCUCCGGUUAAUUUCCAUUUGCAGUCCAGAUAGCAAGAAGGAAUAGAUCCUUUUCACCUGAAGAGGACGGAAUCCAAAUGCAAAAUCACCAGAAGGCGAAGCCCAUGCAAACUUGUCAUCAGUGUCAUAAGAGAGAUGAACCCAAGCUUAUAUUACUAUACGCUUGGCUGAUGAUUAACAAGUAGAGAGACCAUGUAUGUCAGUUACCAUGUGAAUAAUUGGUCACCCAACUGGUUUUCUCUGCAUGUUGAUUAAGUUGAAAGAGUCUAGUGAAUAUUAUUUUCUUCUAUGAUAGAACAUUCUCCUGGUUUUCUA